UUUGGGUUUUUUCUGUUUUCUUACGCAAAUUUUUUAUUAAUUCCCUUAUUCAAUAAUUAUCCAGAUACACGUUUAUAUAUUCUUGUUGAAUUUUGCUUUGAACGUUGUCUUUUGACUGUUUUGCUGACACUUUUUCAUUCCCUGUCAUCAUCAUCAUCUUCUUCUUCUUCUUGUUCUCUCUUUGGUGCUUUGAUAUUCAAAAUUUUUGGACUUCGAAAGUUACUCUUGUUGCUUUUCUUGGUUAGUUCUCUUAAAUUUUGAUUUGGGUUAUUUUUUGAGGUGGGUUUUUGUUUAAUUGAAGAAAAUUCUAAAUUUUGCCAUGUUCUUCAGGUCCAUCAACUAGAACUUCUGUUGUAACUUCCCUUGUAAAAUCUUUCUUCUUCUUCUUUUCUAUCUUAUUGGAGAUAGUAAUGGGUUUUGAGAAAGAGAUUCUUCCUAGUACUGUGUUAAAUUCAGUCCUAAUAUAUAUUAUUGUUAACUAUAAAAUAUUUAUUUAGGGGUUGGUAGCCAGCAAUUUUGAAUUACUGUCGUCUUUUUGCUAUAAAGCUGCUUCAAAUUCAAAUUCAAAUUCUGUUGGCAUAUUGGUGAUUGGACUUGAGGAAGAGUGUUGAGAAGUUCAGAACCGUGAGGAUAAGUGAAUCAAUUUAUAAAUCAAGUAUGAGCCAACCUAAAAUCAAGCGCAGAGUGGGUAAAUAUGAAGUGGGAAGGACAAUUGGUGAGGGAACAUUUGCCAAAGUAAAGUUUGCGAGGAACUCUGAAACAGGAGAACCUGUGGCUCUGAAGAUUCUUGACAAAGAGAAGGUUCUUAAACACAAGAUGGCUGAACAGAUAAAGCGAGAGGUAGCAACUAUGAAGCUUAUAAAGCAUCCAAAUGUUGUUCAACUAUAUGAGGUGAUGGGAAGCAAGACAAAGAUAUUUAUUGUCUUAGAAUUUGUUACAGGAGGGGAGCUUUUUGACAAAAUCGUAAACCAUGGACGGAUGAGAGAAGAUGAAGCUCGGAGAUAUUUCCAGCAGCUUAUUAAUGCAGUUGAUUACUGCCACAGUAGGGGUGUCUUCCACAGGGACCUCAAGCCUGAAAAUUUGCUGUUGGAUGCUUAUGGGAACCUUAAAGUCUCUGAUUUUGGAUUGAGUGCAUUGUCCCAACAAGUCAGGGAUGAUGGCUUGCUUCAUACUACUUGUGGAACUCCAAAUUAUGUUGCUCCUGAGGUUCUUAAUGAUAGAGGUUAUGAUGGGGCAACUGCAGACUUGUGGUCAUGCGGUGUGAUACUCUUUGUACUGCUUGCAGGUUACUUGCCUUUCGAUGAUUCUAAUCUUAUGAACCUGUAUAAAAAAAUUUCAGCAGCAGAGUUCACUUGUCCCCCUUGGCUCUCUUUUGGUGCCAUGAAGUUAAUCACUAGAAUUUUGGAUCCCAACCCUAUGACACGCAUCACUAUAACUGAAAUCUUGGAAGAUGAAUGGUUUAAAAAAGAUUAUAAGCCCCCUGUGUUUGAGGAAAAAGAACACACAAGCUUGGAUGAUGUUGAAGCUGUUUUCAAGGACUCAGAGGAACACCAUGUAACAGAGAAGAAGGAAGAACAGCCAACAGCUAUGAAUGCAUUUGAGUUAAUUUCUAUGUCAAAAGGGUUAAAUCUCGGGAAUUUGUUUGAUGCAGAACAGGUGAUCAUCUAUUCUGAACUAUUCUCAAUGUGGCAUUGGUUUCCUAAGAAGAUAUCAAUGGCCUUUGUUGAGGGAUUUAAGAGGGAAACAAGGUUCACAUCUAGAUGCCCCGCAAAUGAGAUAAUUCAUAAGAUUGAAGAAGCUGCAAAGCCUCUAGGUUUUGAUGUUCACAAGAAAAACUACAAGAUGAGGCUAGAAAAUAUGAAAGCUGGGAGAAAGGGAAACCUUAAUGUUGCCACUGAGGUUUUUCAAGUGGCACCUUCCCUGCAUAUGGUUGAAGUGCGAAAAGCAAAGGGAGACACUUUGGAAUUCCAUAAGUUCUAUAAAAACCUUUCAACCUGCCUUGAAGAUGUUGUCUGGAAAACUGAAGAAGACAUGCAAGAAAUGAAGUAAAAUAGUGCCCAUUUUGAAGUGCAACGAUCGCGGUCUUUUUGUUGGUGCUACCUUGCCAAAUGUGUCAUACUUGUUCCAUAUCUUCAUUCUUUGUCACCCUCCCUCCUUUGCUGGGACCAUUUUUCUGUUUCUUCUGUUGUUGUAGAAUUAGAGUCAUGACUAUCACCAAUUUCUUUCCAUGCGAUUAUUGUUGGAAUGCAUGGAAAGUUAUCAUAGGCUUGUUUGUUUCUCUUCAAUUCAACUGGAUGCUGUCAAUAGUGAAAUAUUUGGAAAAUAAAGGUGUUUGCAAAUGUUUCUUUUUUUA